CCCCCCCGCCAACAGCUCUCCCGCGAGGGGGCGCCCCAGCCAGCCCACCUGGCCAGGUGCGACCCCCGCUGACGGCCCCUCCCCGGCCCGCUGGGCGCCAGGCUCACCCCGCUGAUGGACCGGAGGAAGCCGCGGCUGCUGCUGGCCGGACUCUGGGUCGCCGCCCUCCUGCUGCCGGGCGGGUGCGGCCCCCCGCUGCCUGCCCCCUCGCCCGGCCUGCCCGCCUCGGCGCCGGCCCCGCUGGGGGAGGCGGAGCAGGAGCAGGGCUAUUACCUGCAGCAGCUCUUCGGGCUGUACGGGGAGAACGGCACCUUGUCCUUCCACGGCCUCACCCGCCUGCUGCGGAGCCUGGGGCUGGGCCGGGUGCGGGUGGUGGAGAUGGAGCACGAGGCGCUGGGCCACGGGCACGUCGCCCACCUGGACGUGCUGGAGCUGCAGGACAAGCAGCGCCGCCACUCGGCCCCGGAGCAGGCCGGCGCGGAGCCGCCCAGCCUGGGCCCCGAGCUGCAGGGAGAGAACGGCCCCUCCAGGCCGGGAUCCCCUGGAAGGAACCAGCCAGAGACUGUCCGGCCGUCCCAGGCUGACCCGACGCCCCAGCCGCCAGCUGCCUCCGAGGGCACCCGCCCGCCCUUGGACACGGAAGGGCCCAGCACCACCUGCGCCCCAGGGCACCCUGGGAGCCGAAGAGACCCUGUCCAGGCCCCCCCAGCCCUGCCCCACCUGACGCUGCUGGAGAGGGUGCUGGCCCUGGACCACUCCGUCAUGGACCACCUGCACGAGGAUUGUCUCAACGUGACGCAGCUGCUGGUGAAUUUCGGGCUGAACGCCGCCGCCAAGAUCACGCCCGAGCAGUUCGCGCUGCUGUGCCCGGCCCUGCUAUACCAGAUCGACAGCCGGGUCUGCAUCCGGCACCACGACCCGCUGGCGCCGGAGCCCCUGGGGCGGGCGCUGUGGCCAGUUCUGGGCUGGGGCUUCCUGGCCAUCACGCUGGUCAGCCUGCCCUCGGCGCUGGCCCUGCUGCUGGUGCCCUGGCUCGGCGGCGCCUGCGGCCGCCUCCUCCUGGCCUUCCUGGUGGCGCUGGCCGUGGGGACGCUGUGCGGGGACGCCCUGCUUCACCUGUGGCCGCAUGCCCAAGGGAGGCGCCAGGAGACGCCGCUGGAGCACCAGGACUCGGUGCUGAAGGGGCUGUCGGUCCUGGGGGGCAUUUACCUCUUGUUCCUCAUCGAGCACCUCCUGGGCACGCUGAAGCAGAGACGGAGGCAGCCGAGCCGCGCCGCGGGAAGGAGCCCCAGGAGCCCCUCGCUGGAUGCAGACGGGAGCCGCGGCUUGACCCUGCGGGCGUCGGCUCCUUCCCCAGGCACCGAAGCCGAAUUGCGGCGCCUGACGGCCCCGGGGCCGCGCAGCGACAGCCCCGGCUGGGGAGAGGAGGGGGCGAGGCAGCCCGCGCCGGGCGCGGACGGACCGACGGAGGAGCUGAGCCACCACGGACACUCGCACGGCCCGGCGGCUGGCGUAGCCGACAUCGCCUGGAUGGUGAUCCUGGGCGACGGGAUACACAACCUGACGGACGGGCUGGCCAUCGGGGCUGCGUUUUCCGAGGGCGUCUCCAGCGGGUUGAGCACCGCCCUGGCCGUCUUCUGCCACGAGCUGCCCCACGAGCUGGGUGACUUCGCCUUGCUGCUCCAGGCUGGCCUGCCAGUCAAGAGGGUGCUUCUCUCCAACCUCAUGUCGGCCUCGCUGGCGUAUCUGGGCAUGGCGGUGGGCACGGCCCUCAGCCAGGGUGCCUCGCCCAUCACCCCCUGGAUCUUCUCCAUCACAGCGGGCAUCUUUCUCUACGUGGCGCUGGUGGACAUGCUGCCCGAGAUGCUGCGGCAAAGCUCCGGCGGGAGCCCGAAGGGGCCUGUGACGUAUUUCGCCCUCCAGAACCUGGGCUUUCUCCUGGGAGCCGCCAUCAUGAUGUGCAUCGCCCUCUUCGAAGGGCAGAUGAGCUUCCGUGUGGAUCUGUAACCUGCGGGCACCCGCACUGCUUGCCAAACUCGGGUGGGACAGGGCCGAGGUUACGGGCACCCCCUGCUCCAUGGCUGUUGGCUGCUUCGCAGAGAAUUAGGACCUCUGGACGCUCUUCCUGCUGACAGCAGGUGCAUGACACCCGGGGAGCCCCCCACUCUGCUCCACGUCUCCCGGGAGCAAGCACGGGUUGUAACUCGGUGGGACCCUGGGCUGACUAGUGCGGUUGAGGGGCAGCAUUUUGCGUUCGGUACAGGGAGGAGAGCGUGUGGCCAGCACAGUCCCCUACCCCCGCUUUCCAAAAUCCACCUUCCGUCAGGACACUUCCGUUCAGAUUCUCAGCGUUUGCCCAACGUUUCGGGACGUUGAGUGCACAAGACCAGGCUGAAAACAGCCCAGCGGCCCUCAAGCCACCUGGCCUCCAAGUGACCUGAGCAAGUCUCAGCGUUUCGGAGAGGUAAACGCAGCCGAUCUGUGGGCGAUUUGGGGGUGGGGUACAGGAGACGUCGCUAAAGGGGCAGAACUGAGCAUUUUGGAGACGGGGGAAGCGCUGGAGGCCGCUGGGAGGCCACAGCCCAGUGCCCCACGCGAAGCGUGUGUUCAUCGCCGGGAGGAGACGUUCAUCGGGGGAGCGGACACGGGAACUCUUACCUCCACCAUCAUCCGGGGACAAGCGGCAGCGCUCCUCACUCCUUCCGCUCCACUGCCUGGGAAGGAGCCUCCGAAAUCCGCUGGGCAGCUAACGGUUUAACCGAAUGGAACAAGAAGCCGCCCCCGCGCCUGCCCAUUGAAGCUCUGGUCCUGCCCAGGUUAGAUUCUGCUGAGAGUUACAUUGGCAGACCAGUUUCCCCGCCUAGCCUCUGCCAACAGCUUCUGUAAGGACUAAAUCCAGUGUCAUUGGACUGGGGGGCAGGAGUUCUGUUCCCAGCUCUGCCACUGACUUGCUGGGUGAACCUGGGCAACUCACCCACCCUUGUGCCUCAGUUUCCCCAUCUGUAAAACAGACAUGAUGAUUCUGCCCUGCUUUGAGAUCUAAUCUACCGCUGAAAAGCACAGCAGGGGAGCCAGACCCCCCCCGCCCCCCCGGGCCCGAUCCCGACGGCGCUAACCCCCAGGGGCAGGCGGUGGGAAAGGAGAACGGGAGAAGGAGUAGAAGCCAUGGCAUUUUAAUAAACAUAAUUGAUUCAAAGCCACAAUAUGAAGAACAGGACUUAGUUGCAGCAUACACUGUAUAAAAUAGAUCAAGUCUGAAUGCUUUUAUUUUUUUAGUUUUAGUCCGUCCCCCACCCCCCCAACUGAUGCAGGAUUUUUCAAAAUACAUACAUGGAACAUCUCAGACAAAAAGGAACCAGUCACUAGGCUCGAACGUGGGAGUGGGAACAAGGCAAACGGGUGGCAUUCAUGCUGUGGGGAUGGAUGGCUUCUUGGUUUGUUUCCUUAUUUAAUUUCACAGCCCCACGAGGGGGUUUAACAGCUUUGGGUUUCCCUUGAAGAAUAGGAUUUUUAUUUUUUUUUAAAUUUCCUCCACAGAGACAAGUGCUUUGUUGGUCAGGACUUGAUUUUGGCACCCCCCUGGGUGCCAGGUUGUAUGGGAGGGGAGAGAAACCAGCUGCUAAGAUGAAACCGGCGUGGCUCAAAUCUUGCCAAGCCAGGCACCUGCAGCCUCUCGCCCAUGGGCUGCAUAUGGGGGUACCUAGGAGAGGGUUUCACACUUUUUUUCUUUUUAAAUUUUAAUUGCACAUCAAAACUCUGCUGUGUUUCACGCCACGUCCCCGCAGGGUCCUGUGCACCUCUGCCAGGAAAGCAGAGCUGUCCUGAUACUCCGCCCGCCCAUCCAUCAACAUGAAGGGCAGGUUUUGUGCUUUAAACCAGCAGAGGAAGGAAGAAUGAACUGGUUCAGGGGGCUGGGGGGAAGAAAUACAGUUGGAGUCUCUUCCAAAGAUUGGUCCAGGACUUGCCCAUAUACCUGCCCUCUGCUGAUAUUGCAGGGGGGAGAAGACGGCCGCAGCGUGUUUCACAGAGCGCUCCGGUGGGAAUACUCUAGCGUCUCAGACAUCUAUAGUUCACGCACUCGCCUCUCCCCUAUCUGCUGAAAUUAAAAGGUGUUCCAAUUAAGUUGCCCUGCAACGUGACCUCCAAUUAAGGCCCCUGUCUAUUAGGAACAACAUCACCACCACACACUGGGUUUUGCUCGGCAGGUUCCAGAUUCAGUGCUCUGAAGGGGAAAAAUUCCAGGGAACAAAAAGUCCCUUUUAUUUCAAACCCAAACCCAGCAGCUGUUAAAUACAAUAAGCAAACAGAUCAAUCGAGCAGAGGCCACCGCAAACCCCAGCACCGGCGGGUGUCAGUGCUUUCCAGGAAGAGUAACGUGACGCAGGGGGGCUGUGGCAAAGGAGAAAGUUCUUGGUGGAAAUUUCCCCCUCAGCUCUUUGGCUGGAUCUGCCCUGCCCCAGCAACGCAGCCAGCUGCUUGGCAUGUCAGGAAUUUGUCAGCCCUAGGAUCUGGGGGGUGGGAUUUCAGAGGCAAGAAAGCAUUCUACACAUCCGUGAGCCAUUCUGUUUAUUGCAAGAGGUAGGUGUGAACAGUGCAGUGAAGUCUAAAAUUAAAAAGCUUUUUUGUAUUUCCAACCAUCUCAAACACACAAUGCCCCCGCCCCCGAUGACGUAAAAUUCACACACAAUGCAGCCACCUCACACAAACACACCCCAAUCCCUCCGCAGUGACUGACCGGGUUCCCACUUGCUAAGUUCUAGCUCCAGUCCAGUUCAGACAGGUCCCAAAUUUACCUGACUGAACUGAACUGAAAAUGCUUGGGGGGGAAAACACAUCCAAGCAUCUGCCCUACGCUCACUCACGCUGGGGACACCUGUUUAAAGUGCACACACUCAGGGCAAGCCAGCUUCUGGGGGCCAGGUAGGGAGCCCCUCCUGGUACUCUCCAUUUGGGAGGAGUGCUGAGCUAACUCCUCUGGGGGGGAGGGUUAAAGGGGAGCUGUAAGCCCCCCCUCACAAUGAAUAACCCUCUCCUCAGAGCUCCCCAGAUGGAUCUUCCAGCUGGGUCGGCCCAGCGCUCUGGCAUCUGUGCAGCCGGAAAUGGAAACCACAAGAACACGAGUGUGAAAGAGGCCAGGAAAAACACUCCCAAGCCUGAAAUCUCAAAGCGCUGAGCCCCCCAAACCCCACCGCAGCCAACAAGCCCCGAAACUGGAAUGGAACACACAUGCUGCUAGAAAUCACAGGGCUGCUUUCAGCCUAUUGCCAGUAGGUCCCGUGGGUGCUGGCUCCCCUGGCCUCCUUCAGACUGCAGAGGGGAGCUUAGCGUCUGAGGUGACACCCCCCUGCCUGCUCAGCCAGCCCAGUACGAAAUGGAUUUGCCCCUGCCUGUAAACACAACAAGCCUGCACCAUGCUGCUGCAACACCGCAAAGCCACGCCGAUCUACUGACCUGGGCUGAGACACCUGCUCCCGCCUCCCCGCUUCUGCCUCGUCCGCACACGCUGCGGCAACCCUUGGCGCCUCGUCUCCCGCAUGCGGCACUUAUGGGUCAAGAAGUCGGCAAGUCAAUUUCAGUCAGCGCCGUCUUUGUCCCCGCUGGGGGCUGGAUCCGCCACUUGCCCUCUAGGUGAAUUUGCUCCCUGAAGCUCAGAACAACUUCGGGUCUGGAACACGCAUCUUCAAACAGCACGCAAGAUCACCUGCCGGCGAACGGGCUCCUGAACGGCUGCCCCGGAGCACGACUUGCUGACUUCGGGGCCACGACAGGAGAAGCGGAGGCAAAGAAAGUCCGGGGUCCAGGGUGUAAGGAUGAGUUCUCUCCCAGCUGCACUAAGCCAGUCAAAGUCAGGACGUGUUAAAAGCACCAUCCUCCAUGUUACCCGACCCCCUAAAGACAGAAACUCAAUCGACGCAGGAUGCACCUCUCGCGUUAAAGGCAACCAUGGCGAUGCUGCCUGUGGGCAAAAUUUGGGGAAAAAAAAUCCCCCGGCUGCCCAUAUUAAUCAAACUGUAUUGACUAGAAACUCACCGAGCACGGGUCUAAACAUCCACGGACAACAACUACCAGGGAAGGGGAGAGGAAUGAGAAAUGGCUCUAGGGAGAUGCCACGUUUCUGCUCUAGGACGUGAGGUGUGUCGGCAGAGAGAGAGGGGCCUGGGGAGUGCAGAUCCACCCCUGGCGAUGGACAGGCAAGUCAUGCAUCUCACACGACAGCACGUUCUAGGAAACGGAUGCACACGACGCGUUUGUUACGGGACAUAAACAACACACCUAAACACUGUGCAUGCGGUCACAAACCACACGGGGUAUUGUCGGGGGGCAUCCGGAGAGUGAUGCGUAUUGUAUUUAUCUUGGUUUCAGCACGCCCUGAAGGGGCUGGUAAGAGACAGGAGACUCCAGCAGUGAAGGCUGAGGGAAUUGGGACUGAAAUUAUCCGAGUUCUACAAUGAACGUUACAGUUCCGACCGCAAUUCCAACCGGGAGGCAGGCAGGCUCUUCCUUCCCAGCCUGCCUUCCUCUCCACCCAAAUCCCCAGCCAGCACCUGCACUUUCAGAGAGAACUUUCAUGAAUCCCGCACUGCUGCCCCAAUUAGAGCGCGGAUCGAAGAACCCGCAAGGCUCAUCCGAUGUCUAUUGCUUUAGCGAGAGAGACGCAGGAGGGGACAGUUCCGGCAGGCCGCCCCCUCCCCUCCCCAGUUUGGCACAUCUGCGACAAACAGAACAUAAGGAAAUAAAGUUACUCCCAUUUCUCUCCCCUGUUUUCAGAUUCACUUAUUUAGCAGGAGUAACUACAGCAACCAAGCUUGGAGAAUUCCUUAAAAAUCCAGUUCCUAACAGGCCUGCAACAGAGCAGCUACAGUGCAGCAAGCAGGGAAAGGGGCCAGGGGCUGGCCAGAGGGUUAUUUAACUAAUACUGAGGCUACAAGGCAAGAUUUUUGGGUCGGGGCGGGGGAGGGACACACGGGACAGGAAAAUACACAGAGAUUGUCAAGACUGAACAGGUCCAAAAGGAGGAAUUCUGAAGGUAGGUCGCUAGAAAUCAACAAACCCAACGGGAGACGGGGUGUAAUUCAUUUUUCCUAAGCAGACAGACAAUGAUCGUAAACUUUAAAACUCUCCUCUCCAAGCAGGUACAAAAGGAAGAAAAGGAUAACAAAAAACUAACUGCUUGAUUUAAAGAGAGGUCUUGAAAGUGCUUUGAUUUGGAAUAUUACUUUAUACCUAAGCAAGUUACUGGCAAGAUGCGCAUGGGGCAUGGAUUCCAAUCUUCAAGCAGAUGGAUUGGAGGAUCCAGGGAAUUCGGUUACCCCUGCUAAAUAGCAAAGUUGGAGUCUUGUAAACAAAACACACCCCUCAACUCUCUGCCCUUUCCCCAGUCACACAGCAAAGCCUGGUGUCAAACCCAGUGCUAGCCAUGUUAGAGGUUUCUCAGGCAAGUUUACAGGAACAGCUUUGCAGAGCGGUGUUAAUCUUGCUAGAGGUCACUCAUAAGAGCAUGAUUCUCUGACAAAAUCCCCUUCUCUGCAGGCAUGUCAGGGAAAUGGUACCGUUAACAAGGAGCGGACUACAAAUCUAGUCAAUCUCAAACCAAAAAUGUCAAGGAGUUUCACAUCCCACAGCUGCCCCUGAGCUCCCACGGCAGGUUUUGUGGUCUGACCACCAUAUUUUCUCUCUUUAAAGAAUGCUUUUCUCUCCUCCACACAAACAGAAGAAACCGACCAGACUCAACCAACUGGAACCAAAGAGAGAAAUACAGUCUUCUUCUAAUCUGCCUUCUAGUCAUCAUGGGUGAAAUUGACUGAAGCAGCACAAAGACCUCCUACCGACUUUUGGCACAGGGUGAAACUCUGGAACAGAGCAAGCAAAGACAGCAGGUUAAGGACAGAAGCAUGCUUUUUAAGUGGGCGCUGCCCCUCUAAACACUGGGUUCUGAUUCCAUGUGGACAGCAAAUAGAUAGAUGCCCAUCUAUCUCCUACCAGCUCUUCUUGAGAGAGGAAUUUAGUGGCAUGGCUAAAGACGUCUCUAAGAGAGAACGCAGCUUGGGAGGAAACAAGAUUCCUGCUACAUAUUGCUGGCUUUCAUCUUUGAUUUUUAAAUACCUCCUUAAAGAAGGAAGCAGGAGAAAGCUAUAAGGAUCCCUAAGGCCAAAAAUAAAAUAGAAACUUGAUAGAUCUGUAGGGAUGAGACAAACCCUAACAUCCAGAACAGUUCUGGUAAUCAGAAGUUUUCCUAGCAUGCUGAGCGUGGGGUGGGGGUGGGGGGUGAUGGAGAAGGUGCUGAUCUGACGGAGUGGGAAGCUAAGCUGACGUAGGACAGAGAGACAGAGCACUUGACACAUCCUCCAGGGACAGAGGAGCCUUUUAAUUUUUGGUUUUAAGAGGAGGGAGGAUACAGACUUAGAAAAAAUCCACACCCAAAUAAAAAACAUUCUCAAAGGAGGGGAGAUAGAAGCUGGCACAUCGCUAUUUUCAGUGCAAUUUUCAAUCUUGUAUUUACACGAUACAACUAUUCUAAUGCGUGACAACAAAAAGCAGCUACAGACUCCUAACACACUAUGCUUCAAUUAAGCCCACCUGCACACAGUCGCUUUCUGUAAGCAGCGACGGCCCUGCGUUCCAGUGCAAGCUGCCGAUGCUGCACUGAAUAAGGGGCAAACCCUGCCGAGCAUGCAUCGGCUUCGCCAUUUAAUCCAGGGCUGACAAGGUUUGACUCGAUGCACCGCCUUGGAUGGCAAAGCAGCGUGUUUGGAAACACAGCAUGACUACAGACCACUUACACUACUGCAGCCCCUGCAAAAAAGCACGGUGGGGGAGAAGGGGCCCUUCAGGUUGGGGGUACGGACCUUCUCAGGGACAUUUGCCCCUCAGAAGCAUCCCAAAGUUGUGGGUUGGUUUUGGUUUUUUGCAGCGUCUAAAUUCAGAUGCAAUCAUGUCGCAAAGCCAGUUGUGCAGCCGAUCUGUUAGCAAUGCACCCCAAAUCCCUGAUGUUAAGGAGCCCUACGUUUCCUCAGGCCAAUGACUUGGGGGAGCUGAGAGGCAAUGCUAGGACCCCAAAGGGGUGAACACUGGUUGAUCAGGCUGCAAAAUCUGUUCCCUCUAUCUUGUGUGUGUGUUGGGGGGACCAUCUCACUAUUCAACCCAAUCUGCCAGAAACCCCUUUACAUCCAGGUGGGGUUUUUGGUCUAUCUUUGGCGCCUGCUUUUAUUUGUGGGAGGCUAAAAGAGAAGGAAAGUCAUUGUAGAUUUCCACUCUCCAUUUUUCCAUAUACCCUCCAAAACCUUCCACCUCCUCCAGGGGGAAGGGCUUUCCCACCCCCUUCCCCACCCCCAUCCAUUUAUUUUACAUCUACAGUGAACCAUAAUGAACCAAAAAAAAAAAAAAAAAAAAGCAAGAGUUCAAAGCGACCUUGGACUGUUGGGGCCAGAGACGGGGUUCUGCCCCCUCUAUCGAUAGAAGACUGACCUGGCUGUCCUUCCCUACCCUCGCCCGUGCUGCAAGGCAUGUGGUGGCAAAAAGGUUUUGCAGGUUCUAGAUCCCUGGAACUUUCGGGCUGCCGGAUGCGGUUUUAAGAAAAGACCUUUGGGCCAAGCGGGGGCUUGCAGCGUAACAUCGCCUGCUGUCUCCGAACUGCAGAAAGAAACAAUGAGAGCGGGGAGAGGAGCGCGAGGGAGAAUCCUACAGAGCAAGGAGGGGGCAAGUCGUCAGAUUCAAAUGCCGGCAGGCCCCUGUUCGGGGCCCACUGUGCUUCGGGCCAUGGUUCUCCCCGAAAAGCCGAACCCCCCCUCACCUCCACCCCAUCCACACACCAAGGGAAUUGACAGUUCCAAACAACUUCCAAAUACUCCCCCGCCCCCAGCAAAAAACUAAAAAUGAAAAGAGCAGCCGUUUUGGUUAGUACCUUCAAGUAGAUCAACAAGAAAAAGACUUUUCGAAAUGUAGACAGAUUUUGAAACAGAAAUCCGGUUCCAUUAGAAUGCCUUCUUGCCCACCAGAACUGCAACGCUCACGUGGGGACGGGGUGAGGGGGCAGUUCCAAGGGACCCAGACCCCCCACUUCCUUCCCCCAAAUAUUGGAUAAGGCGCACGGUAUCACUCCAGAGGGAUGCUCGAACUGAAGAACUGGGCUUUUUCUUUUGGUCAUCUCCUAACGUUCCUUGCAUGCAUCACCGUAGGUCGCGUAUUGCUUUUAUGGGACACUUCUCUUCCGAACAAGCCGGAUUUCACAGUAGUGCAAAUUCAGACACAGGACACAAAAGGCAAAGCUACCGAAACUUCUACAGUGGUUUGGGGCACGUGGCUAACUCCCUUCUCCACUGCUGUGGGUUGUGCCUCUGGUGGGAGGGAGAGAUGGGUGCUGGGAUGGUACGUGGGAGUUUUCUCCAGCACUUUGCCCCAGUGACAGGGCUUGAAAAUCCAAAAGCUAGUGGUGUAUCCAGAGACUCCGUCUAGCAAAGAAACAGAGCCAGGUACGGCCGGGCUGACCACAAUGCCUCAGAAACCGAGAACCCACUGGCACCCAGGAGAUGCAGCCGCUUUCUCCUCUAACAUUCAAAGGAUGAUAGGGAAACUGGUCAAACGUCCACACUCGGGUCCCGCAGUGCAAGAGAAGAAGGGCUGGGGUGGUUUCUGGACCCAUUCCGUUCUCAGGGAGAAGUUCAACCCAGCUCCUAAGGAAGAGCUGCUCUCGGCUCCAUGCAGAACACAAAGGUCUGCAGGGGCCACAAGCCCUUUGGUUGCCAGACUCCCCCCGACACCUUUACGCCAGGGUGCCCAGCUUUGCCAAUCUGGUUUACUUUCCUGGCUGUUUGGCAGAGGACUCCAAUGGGACCUUUCCUCUGAAAGGUCCACCUGCCUCCCAGGAGCUAAGGCACCAGAACACAACAGCCUCUCUCCUGGGAAGGGGAGAGGAGACAUCUCUGCCAGGGAAGGUAAGCUGGAUUUAAAGGUACCUCUCCUUUGUAAGCAGGCCAAGAAACCGCUUGUUCUCUCCCACUUUAAGCAGCUUCACUCUCUUGGCAGCAUUUUUGCUACCUUGGCUCAAUGAACAACCCACACCAGAGAUUUCAUCCUUGAGCUAGAAUAGUCUUGUAGCACCUCACGGGAAGAGAAAGGAGCCCGAGGCACAAGAAGACAAGAAACACUACAGCCCACCCCUUUACAGCGUCCGGACGAGUACCGGGGGCCUCUGCCAACCACCGCUAACCACACCCAGACGGCCUACGCAGGCAGUGUGCCAGGAAAGCCCCCCAUCCACCGAAUGUGGAUUCCAGAAACGCUGUGGCCCCACAGAGACCGAGUGCAGAGCACCAAAGAAACUGCAAUUUGAUCUACCCGUGCAGAGUGAGUGGUGUCCUCUGCUCUUUGAGAGCAUAGAUUGGAAGCAAGCUGGCAUGGUAGCCUUAAACCAGCUCCUCCUGCUCCUGUCUGUACCCAUAUAACAGACAGAGCGUUACAGUUUGGUUCUGAUCAAGUGCUUUAUAAAUGCCCAGCACAGGUGAAAUUGCAUACUGAUUCUUAAAACCACUGUGGCCACUGGGGCUCAUUUGCUUUCAAGCUGAUGAACAAUAUUUAAGAUUGGAUUUAGUAAGGCUAUUUCCCCCCCGCCCUUCUCCUUUGCAUCGGAAGUGAACUGGAAAAGAUGCACACGCACGCACAACACACACACACACGCACGCACCCAGACACACACACAUGCGCUGGAAAACCAAGACACAGAAGAGGAAGAGUUGUUUAUACCUGACUGGUGAUGAGGUCUGUCCUAUCUUAUUCAAAGAAAUGCUUUAUGUGCAUAAUAUACAGAGGUGCAGCAUUUACACAUAGGAUAUUGUAAAGACACUGAGAGCUUGCUACAGAUGCCUUAAAAGUGUAUUCCCCCAACCCGCUCCCUUUGGAUUCUAGUUGGUUUGUUUCACAUUGUAUCUUUAAGGACUUUAAGUUUGACUAAAUAUUCAUGAUCCAAAUGGAGCCAUCACUCUAAAUUUCAAAGAGUUCCUUUCCUCCCUGUUGUCUCCCCCUCUUGCUUCAGCUGAAAAGUUUUACAUCACACACCCCCCCCCCACACCGCCACAUAUGCCCAGUUUUUAUGUUCCUGCUGGCGGUUUCUGAUUUUCAACACACCCCCAGUGGUGCUGAACCCAGACGAGUUCAGCCAGGAGAAGAGGUUCAAACAGCUUUUUGCGGCUGCAAACCCCCGAACCCGAACGGUCCACUUUUUCACGACCGUGAUCUCAAAUGGAGGGUUGGGUUUUUUCCUUUGGUUUCUUAUUGAAGGCAAAGGUGAGAGCAGGGCUUACAGUGUGAAUGGAACAGAAAAGACCACUGACAUUCACAACUGGGGGUGUGUGUGGGGGGGAAUCACACAAAUUCCGCCCCCCCUUUCUGGUCCCUGUGGCAUGGAGCCUUUUGGUGAGGAGGAAACACUCCUCCUAAUUAGGGUUGAAGUGCAAGAGGAAAUCUUGAGAUGGAAGUUGAUUUUUUUUUUUUUUGGAUGUGGUGGGACAAGAGACUGGGAUGAUCUCAGCGCUGUUCCCCCACCCCCGCUGCUCCCACCUAACCAAAAAAAAAAAAAAAAAAAGAGGGUUGCUUUUUAUUUUUUUAACGAAUACUUAUCAUCUUAUACGCUCAGAAAACGGACAAAGAUCCGUUGUCCAUACAGAAGUCACUUAAGCGCUUGAAACGCCCUGGGAAAUAAAGCUUACUUGUUCCCUUUCUGAGCCAUGUUUCUGCUUUUAGUGCUACUUUGAUUAGCUCCAGAUCUCAAAGCCGCUGGGAUGUGCCAGCUCAGUUGGAAUUCAUCUCCGCCUUAGAUCUGGGACUGAGUGCCCACUCUCCCUCCUUGUAGGACAAGGGGGAGAAAAUCAGACCGUUACCGGGAGGGGGAAAAAACAACAACAACGGAGAAGCCUCUAAUCUGCUGUGACUCAGAAACCAAAAGAAAACUGACGACGGCAUCAUCAUCAGGUUAUUUCUGAAUUCAUGGAAGUGCCCAUCGAGAAUAAAGCCAAUUCCUAGCUUCCCAGGACUGCCCGGUUCAAGGCCGUUACAUUCAGUGUUUGUCCGCAGUUAUAUGGCUCAGCUGAACUGCCGGUCGGGCAGCGUGUCUAACAAUGGCAGUGCAAACACAUCUAUUGAGUUGAAAUGCAUUUGUGCUGUUUUUUUUUUUUUUUUUUUUUUUUAAAA